CGCCGUCUCCUAGGAGCGCGGCGGGCACCGUUUUCAAAGUCUCAGGGCGGGUCGCCUGGGCUUGGGCCGACCGGGGCUGCGCUCGGGACCGGGGAUCUCAGCGGCGGGUCCCCUGAUCGGCUGCCCCAGGGUCACCCGAGCGGGGUUGGGACCGCGAUGGCCUCAGACACGGCUCUGCGGCGGGAGCCGGAAACACGAAUUCAUGAACUUCUUGGAGAAAAGCCGAAAGAAAAUAGUACCAAAUGCCCAACAAUACCGAAAGCAAUCUUCAAAGGUGAUGAAGCUGGCACAUUAGAAAACUUGGGAGCAGACCAAAGUUUUUUAGUUACUCUGAUUGCUGAAUAUGAGAACCAUCAAGAAGAGCUAAAUACGCAGCUGAAAUAUUACCAGGAACAGCUGGGGAAGCUGAAGGCGCAGCUGGACACAGUCAUCCAGGAGAACGAAAGGCUGCACCACGAGUUAAAAGACGCUGUCCAGAGGCAACUGGAGGCUUUGCCGGUCGACACAGAUGUAGGGGACGACUUGUACGUGGAUGAUGAAAUUGUGAGGAACCUCCGAGAACAGUUACAACUCGCCAACCAGGAGAAGAGUCAAGCUGUGGAACUCUGGCAAACUGCUUCCCAAGAGCUGGAAAGAUUGCAGAGGCUCUACCAGGAGCACAUGACCCAGGCCCAGAUUCACAUCGUUGAAAGUCAGAAGCGAAAGGACCAGCUGAGCAACUUUCAACAGUUGACCCAGCAACUUCACGUCUCUAAUGAAAACAUGGAGAUGACCAACCAGCACUUUCUGAAAACCAUGUCUGAGCAGAGUGCGGAAAUCAGCCAGCUCCGAAGGCAGCUGAGGGAGGCCAAGUCAGAUCUGCGAAGUGCCACAGCAAAAUUGGGCGAGUUGACCAGGAAGACGGGGAACCUCCAGGAGCAGGUGCAGAAGAAGGAGGAGGACACAGCAUCUGCACGAGGAAGAGAGGACGCGUCAGACCGGCGCCUGCAGCAGCUACAGUCAAGCAUUCGACAGCUCGAGGCCAGGUUAUGUGUGGCGCUGCAGGACGCCAGCCAGCUAAGGGAAGAAAAGACACAUUUGGAAAAACAGACCUCAGAGCUACAGGCCAAGUGCAGUGAAUUAGAAAGUGACAAGUUCGAGGCCAUCCAGAGGGCCCGGAGCAGCCUGCAGCUUCUGGAGGAGGCGAACCUGCAGAAAAGCCAGGCCCUGCUUGAGGAGAAGCACAAGGAGGAAAAUAUAGAGAAGAUGAGGGAAACCAUGACCCAGAUGAUCCAGGAUGCAGCCAUGAAGACCAGGAAGGAGGUGAUGAAUGUGAGAAAACAAUAUAAUGUGCAGCUUUCCCAAAUGACAGAAGAACUCUCAGCACUUCAAAUGGAAUGCGCUGAAAAACAAAGCCAAAUCGAUCGAGCCAUUAGGGAGAAAAAAGCAAUGGAAGAAGAACUAGAAAAGGCCAGCCAGCAAGGACAUGCAGGUGACAGCAGUCCUGGGAAACUGGAAGAGAUGCUGGGCCACUGGCAGCAGGCGGAACGGGCCAAGGAUGAGCUGCAAUUGAAACUGCGAAUGACCGAGAGCAAGAUGAAGCUGCUGGAGGUCAACUCUUCGGAAGAGAUCUCACGCUGCCAGGAAAUGAUCCAGAAACUUCAGGGUCUGUUGGAGUCUGAGCGCAAGAGCUGCAGCUCUGUCAGUGAGCAGAGACUGAGGCUGCAGCAGGAGAAUGAGCGGCUGCAGGAGGAGGCGGAUGGCCUGAGGAGGGUUGCGCUGGAGGCCCAGAAGAAAGCAAAAGUCCAGAUCAGCACCAUGGAGCACGAGUUCUUAGUGAAGACACACGGGCUGGAGGCACAGCUGCGGGAGCUGGAAGACAGUAACCAGGACAGCACGGCAGAGCUCAGGCAGCUCCUGCUGGCACAGCAGAAGGCAGCCAGUCGGUGGCGGGAGGAAGCCAGGAAGCUUUCAGAAAGUGCCGAGAUGAGAAUCGGCAACCUCAAGAGUGAAUUGAGUCGACAGAGGCUGCAUGCCCAGGAGCUGGUUUCUCAGCUGGAGACAGCCAAUGAGAAGGCACUUGAGAGUGAGCAGCUCCUUCAAGAGCACCAAGAAAAAGCUGAUAGGCUGCAGCAGCGGCUGAGCCAGGCAGAGCAAAGAGCAGCUGCCGCAGCCCAGCAGCUCAGCGUGCUGACAGCGCAGCGAAGACGAGCUGCCUCCAUGCUGGACCUGGACACCAUCUAAGGACACUGGCGAGCCAUGCAGGGACCACAGGCAGCCAGUGAGGGAGACGGGCCUGUCCCACCAUGAGUGGCAGGGGAAUAAAGCCACCAAGAAAUGCUCGUGCCUUCAUCCCCUCUCAAUUUUAUUCUUGCCCUGU